UAUUUUCACUCCUUUCCAAACAGAGUGUUAAAGAAAAAAAAGAUUCUGAGUCAUGUUCGCAGAAAAAAAUUCAAACUUGAAAGUCACGCUUGGCCUUUGAGGAGUUGAAAGGGCAGAAGAGAAGACAAAGUCGUCUUCGCGCUGUGAUCGUUUAAUCAAGAAAACCUAUCUCUGAUUAUCUCUUCUUUUAUACCCUUUAUAUUCAGAAGUUACAAUGCGUCUUCUUGAUUUUGAAAUUUCCUCUAAAACACCAUAAUUCUAAGAAGAUCGAUCCACAAGCAAUUGAUUUUCUUGCUUGAUUUGUCUCCAUGGCUUCGCGAUCUCAUGUAGCAUUGUCCACUGAUCAGCUAGACGAUUCAAACAGAGACGACAGCUUAUUAGAUCGCAGCAAUCGACGUUAUCAAAAAGAAAUCAAGGAAUCUAAUUUCGAAUUCGGAUGGGCAUUUGUUCUUAUAAAUCUGGUUUUGGAAAUGCUGAUACUGACAUUCGAUCAAAUGGCAUCGCUGCAAGAGCCUCAAUAUGGAUUGGUGGUUUGGGGAUUGUGCUUUGCGAUGAUGUUAGUUUGUGCAUCUGAGCUGAUUUAUAAAGGAAUAAUAAAGGAAAAGCUUAGUAUAUUACAAUGCUUGAAAUCUCUGCUUCCAUGUUCUUCUUCAGGUAAUCAAAAGAAUCCAUAUAGUUUCUUUGAUGGUUUAAUCCUACUGGGUGCCAAGAUUCAGACUGCUUUUGCAAGCAUUGGUUAUGGCUAUUUACUUCAAGGGAAAGACAAUCCAAUCAAAGUGUCUUUUGUAUCCCUCAUUUUUCUUGCAUUCUUCCUAUUUGCCAGAUUUUUUAAGAACAGAAAAGAAGCAACCAUUCUUCCAGCUUAGAGGCUUUUCUUGAACUAACUGCAUUGAGAAUUAUACCUUGUUUGUUUGCUUCCAAAUUGAUUGCCAUUGAUAUAUAUUAUUAAUUUCUAUAGCUAGUUAGCAAUUUGACAGAAAAAAGAAAACUCAUGUAGACAAAUUACUUUAAUCUAUAAAUUUUAUUGUUGCUUGCCUAGUUACCUCCAUUGUUGGAUUUUCUUUUUCUAAAAAUCUGUUUGAAUACACCAUAGUGUGUCAUAAAAAGGAAAUAAAUGAGUGAAGAAGAUAACAAAGACACAAGGGAGGACGGCCAAGUGGCAUUAGUCGCGAGAAACGAACGAGAUAUUCUAUAUGCGUAAAGGAAAAAUGACAAGAAAGAGGAAGGGAUUUGGUUUAUUAGGUUUUUUUUUUUUUAACUUCUUCCUUCCAAGGAUCAGAUCAGAGUAUCUCUCUCUGGGUUUUGCUUUGUAUUUUGACAAAUGCAACGUAUGAACCCCACUUUUGAAUUUUAGCCAAAAAGACCCCAUGUACCAAUGAAUAGCUUGAACUUGAAGAAAAGUUUUUUCCUAAAAUUAUUUUUGCGUUUCUUUUA